AUGGCCUCAUCAACUUCCAUGUCAUCAUCCUUGGAUCAAGACUUGACACAUCGUCACACUACCGAUAACCCUACCAGUUUGGAAUCAGCUGGAACGAUGGAUGAAGAAGAAGCCGAGAUUAAUUAUGUUUCCCAAAAUCGAGUUGACGACCACGAUAGUGAAUCCAGCAAAGCGCAACGUUCUGCCGAAUUAUUCUUCAGCAUCAGCACUUUGGUGUUCGGAUUAGGAUUGGAAGCUAUGCAAAUCAAACCAAUUCAGCGUCCAAUCCCAGCGCAGCAGCUACAAAAUGGUGAAUUUUUCUUCAAUCUGACGAACAAUGAGCUGUACAAUGGGCAAACUGUGCCAGAUCUUCAACUUAUCCUCAUAGCUGCUUUGCUUCCAUUAUUCAUCCAGUUAUGGAUGGCAAGCAAAACCGGAGUCUUCGAACGGCACAAGGUGUUGUGUGUUUACUUUUCGGGAGUUGGUAUCACCAUUACAUUGACCAAUUUCGUCAAACUCUAUGCCGGAUAUUUCCGCCCAAUCUUCCUACAAGGUUGCGACCCAGAUGAAAAUUAUGAAAAGUGCACUAGUGGAGACGAUAGACAGAUGCGACUCUCCUUUCCUUCAGGCCAUGCAAGUCUUUCGUUCUGUGGUCUUUGCAUCUUUUCCUUCUAUCUAGAGCACCGCCAUGGGAUGAGCGCAUCGAGAAUGCUCCUAUUGAAUAAAGAAAGCGGUGAGCUUAUGAUGGCAUACAAGCAAAACUCUCGAUAUAUGAGGAUAAUGUCCAUCAUGUGUUAUUUUCCCGUUGUGAUCGCAAUCUUCAUUGCAGCCAGUCGUGUUCACGACAAUAUGCACUUCCCAGCAGACGUUGUCGGGGGAUCACUCCUUGGUGGCUCCGUUGCCGCGUUGGUCCAUCAAACAUGGUACUCCAAUUUGCCAACAAUUGAAACAUUCACACACGAAAUGUCGUAUUAG